UUUACACCUACGACGGGUAGACAGCGGAGAGGAGAGGGCUUUUACACAGAAAAAGAAAAGCUUGCGAACAUGAAAGGCUGGCCUUGAUGUAUUUCAUACCUGUGCCAAACGUCAAGGUGAGAACGCGACCUCAUGCCAGCCACUCGCAGCAUGCUGGAAGGAUGCAGCAACAACAACCCAUAACCAAACGAGAGGCCGGGGUCUGGCACCAAACCAAGAGCCUGCUCUACAAGAACCUGCUCAUCAAAUGGAGAACCAAACAACAAAGCUUACAGGAGCUGAUCCUGCCUCUGCUGCUGCUGGGUCUGUUGAUCCUGAUCAGCACCCACAACCCCCACGUGUACUACGGCGGCAUCGAGACCAUGGAGCUGGAGAGCGAGAACUACCUGGCCCUCAAGGGGCUGGGGCUGGGCUACACGCCCAUCACCAACGUCACCGCGCAGAUCAUGGAGGAGGUGGCCGAGGAGCUACACAUGCGGGACCGUCUGGAGUGGUUUGCCAACGAGGAGGACCUGGAGAACGCCAGCCUCUACGAGCCCCUGGGCUACGUGGGAGUGGUGUUCCGAGACAACAUGUCCUACCGCCUGAGGUUCCCCUACAACCACCUGCCCUCGCCCAGCGACUACACAGAGUCCAUUGCUAGUUGUUUUUCCAACUCCGUAAACUGCCGAGCGGCCAACUACUGGUACUCCGGGUUUGUGCACUUGCAGACCCGGAUCGAUGCGGCCAUCAUCCAGAUGCAGACGAAGCGCUCGGUGUGGCGUGAGCUGGACGUGAAGGUGGUGAUGAUGGGCCAGCCGGGCUCGGUGGAGGUGCAGAAGUUCCCGCACGCGCUCAUCUCCAUCUACCUGGUGCUGGCCUUCACGCCCUUCGUCUCCUUCCUCAUCGUCAACGUGGCGGCCGAGAAGGAGCGACGCCUCAAGGACACCAUGACCAUGAUGGGACUGUACGACUCUGCAUUCUGGUUGUCGUGGGGUCUGCUGUACGCUGCGCUGGUGACCACCAUGUCCAUCCUGAUGGCGGUGAUUGCCACCUGCACCUCGCUCUUCUACAACUCCAACUUCCUCGUCAUCUUCCUCCUCAUCUUCCUCUACGGCAUCUCCUCUAUCUUCUUCUCGUUCAUGUUGACGCCCCUCUUCAAGAAGCCCAAGUUUGCGAGCACGGUGGGCUCCAUGUUGACGGUGGUGUUCGGCUGCCUGUCUCUCUUCACCGUGCUCAUGAGGGACUUCCCCCAGACGCUCGUCUGGCUGCUCUGCCUGCUCUCCCCCAGCGCCUUCUCCAUCGGCAUCGCACAGGUGGUAUACCUGGAGGCUCAGGGGGAUGGCGCAGUGUUCUCCACGCUGGUCAACGGGCCCCAUCCUCUCUACGUACCCCUGCUCAUGCUCACCAUAGACUGCCUCCUCUACCUGCUGCUCGCCGUCUACCUCGACCAGGUGCUGCCAGGCGAGUUUGGCAUGCGGCGCUCCAUCAUCUACUUCCUGAAGCCGUCCUAUUGGUCGCAGCGGAGGAAACGCUACGUGGAGGUCAGCUCGGUCUACGAGACGGAGGUCAAUGGGGCGCCUGUCAUCGAUGAGUCAGUCGAGCCCGUGUCCCCCGAGUUCAGAGGCAAGGAGGCCAUCAGGAUUAAUAACAUCCGGAAGGUGUACAAGGAGAAAGACAGCAUAGUGGAGGCUUUGAGAGGCUUCUCCUUUGACAUCUACGAGGGCCAGAUCACGGCGUUGCUGGGCCACAGUGGAGCGGGGAAGUCCACCCUCAUGAACAUCCUGUGUGGCAUCUGCCCCCCCACUGAAGGCACCGCCAGCAUCUACGGGUCCCCGGUGGCAGAGGUGGCGGAGGGCAGUGAGAUGAAGCAGCUGGUGGGCAUCUGUCCGCAGUUCAACAUCAUCUUCGACGUGCUCACCGUGGAGGAACACCUGCGCAUCUUUGCCGCCAUCAAGGGAAUCCUGCCCUCAGACAUCGACGCAGCGGUGUCUAAGGUGCUGAAGGACCUGGACCUGGAGAAGAUCAUGGACGCCCAGGCCAAGAACCUGAGCGGAGGCCAGAAGAGGAAGCUGUCUGUGGGCAUCGCCAUCCUGGGAGACCCCAAGAUUCUGCUCCUGGACGAGCCGACUGCUGGCAUGGAUCCGUGCUCGCGGCACCAAGUCUGGUCUCUGCUGAAGAGCAGGAGAGCUGGCCGAGUCACCGUCCUCAGCACCCACUACAUGGAUGAAGCAGACAUACUCGCCGAUCGUAAGGCGGUGAUAUCACAGGGCCAGCUGAAGUGUGUGAGCUCCUCCCUGUACCUCAAGACCAAGUGUGGGGUCGGAUACCACCUCAGGAUGUCUGUGACUGAGGGUUGCGAAGUGGACGGCAUCACGACACUGGUGAAGCAGCAUGUCCCCAAGGCCCAGUUGUCACGGCAACAGGAGGCCGAGCUGACCUUCACCCUGCCCUUCGAGAGCAUGGACACCUUUCCAGGUCUGUUUGCGGAGUUGGACUGUCGGCCUGAUCUAGGCAUCACCAACUAUGGCGUGUCCAUGACGACUCUGGAGGACGUGUUUUUACGUCUGGAGGCAGAGGCUGAGGUCGACCAAGCAGACUACAGUGUGUUCAACCAGGCGGAGCAGGGGGAGGGCGAGGACGCCGCGGACCAGGCCGCCACCACCAUGGACGAGACGGACCAGAAGCUGCUGACCUUCUCCGACGGCCGGCAGGACGUGGUGACGGGCCACGCGCUCUGGAGGCAGCAGUUCAGCACCGUGGCCUGGCUACACACACUGAACCUGCAGCGCGAACGCAAGCCCAUCAUCUACACGUUCACCCUGUUCCUGGUGUUUUUGGCGGCGGUGCUCUUCCUGUCCGUUGCCACGGGCAACAUCCAGAUCCACUCCCCCGACCGCCAGUUCCUGCCCAUCUACCUGCUGAAGCGCCACCAGUCCCCUCACAAGUACACCACGCCCCUGCUGGUGCAGAACUCCUCAGACUCGGACAUUUCCAGUUUGCUCCAGAGCAUCGAGGCCCAGGACAUCAAGGUGGAGACCAUGAGGAAGGCCGACUACAUGUCUGCUGCUCCACACAGUGCUGCCAUCAACGUCACCGGGUCCAACAAGGGCUUCAGCUACUGCUUGGCGUUUAACAGUACUACGGUGCACUCCUUGCCCAUGGUGGUCAACGUGCUGAGCAAUGCCCUGCUGAAGGGCCUCAACGGCACCGGACACAUCAACACAUGGACCAAGCCCUUCGACUUUGAACUUCCUGACUCCACGUCGUAUGCGCUGGUCUACAUCGAGGCUGUGAUCCUGGGGAUGCUGGCUGCUGGCAUGCCCGCCUACUUCGCCAUGGACCACACUCGCGACCGAGAGAUCAAGUGCCGCUCCACGCUGCGGAUCUCGGGCCUGGUGCCGUCGGCGUACUGGUGCGGCCUGGCGGCCAUCGACAUCCCCUUCUAUUACCUCAUCCUCACCUGCAUGACCUGCACGCUCUUCGGCUUCCACACCUCCAAGAUGCCCACCUCCACCAACAUCACCGCCGUGGUGCUGUGUGUGAUCGGCUUCAGCCCCGCCAUGAUCCUCUUCACCUACUGCGUGUCCUUCAUGUUCACGCGCGUGCAGAGCAACAGGGACUUCUUCUCCGUGGUCUCCAUGAUGGUGUGUGUGGUGUCUGCCUCCAUAGUGCAGUUGGCGUUCAUGUUUGACCUGGGCAACCUGACGCGCAUCCUCCACAGCCUGCUCUGCCUCUUCAACCCUCUCUACCCCCUCAUUGGCUGCCUCAACUGCGUUGCCAAGGCAACCUUCAUUCCGUCUGCUGUGGAGGAGGAGCUGCUGUGGAAGGGCCUGCUCAUCGCCGUCCUGGCUCCCUAUCUGCAGUGCAUCCUGCUGUUGUUCCUGCUGCGGUGGCUUGAGCUGCGUCAUGGAGGCAAGACCAUGAAGAACGACCAGCUCUGCAGGAUCUCGUCCAAGCCCAAGGGCAAGGUGCAGCGCAACCCUGAGGAGACCCAGGCGGAGGACGAAGACGUGUUGGUGGAGAAGGCACGCGUCAAAGAGGCACUCACCUGCCAGUGCUGUGAAGAGAAACCUCUGGUGGUGGUGAGUAACCUGAGGAAGCAGUAUAAAGAGCGGAGAGAGGGCUUCUCCCUCAGCAAGAAGAACCGGGUGGCCACCAAGAACGUCUCCUUCUGCGUCCGCAAAGGUGAGGUGCUGGGCCUGCUGGGCCCCAACGGUGCAGGCAAGAGCACCAUCAUGCACAUGCUGGCUGGAGACACCGACCCUACAGCUGGACAGAUCCUGAUGGGUGACUACGGUACCGACUUCCGUCCGGUGGACACCCAGCUGGAGCACGUGGGCUACUGCCCGCAGGUCAACCCCCUGUGGCCGCGCGUCACCCUGCAGGAGCACCUCCAGAUCUACGCCGCUAUCAAGGGCCUCCGCGACCAGGACGUGCCCAACAUCAUUCGCCGGGUGGUCAAUGCUCUGGAACUGAAGGAGCAUCUCAACAAGCAAGCCAAGAAUCUCUCAGCAGGCAUCAAGAGAAAGCUGUGCUUUGCGCUGAGCAUGCUGGGAAAUCCGCAGAUAGUUCUGCUGGACGAGCCGUCCACAGGCAUGGACCCCAAGUCCAAACAGAGGAUGUGGAGGGCGAUCCGUGCGGCCUUCAAGAACCGCCAGAGAGGCGCCAUCUUGACCACACACUACAUGGAGGAGGCGGAGGCCGUGUGCGACCGCGUGGCCAUCAUGGUAGCAGGACAGCUCAGGUGUAUUGGGUCUAUUCAGCACCUGAAGGGCAAGUACGGUCGAGGCUACAGCCUGGAGAUCAAGCUGAGGGAGGAGCUGACGGGGCUGCAGCCGGUGGCCCUGCUCCACGAGGAGAUCCUGCGCAUAUUCCCACACGCCACGCGACAGGAGAGCUUCGCCACCCUGAUGGUGUACAAGAUUCCCAUGGAGGAUGUCAAGUCCCUGGCUCAGGCCUUCUCUCAGCUGGACAGUGCAAAGCAAAACUUCAACUUCGAGGAGUAUAACUUCUCCCAGUCCACUCUGGAGCAGGUGUUUAUGGAGUUUGCGAAGGAGCAGGAGAACGAGGAGGAGGAGGUGGGCUCCCUCAGCACCACCUUCCAGUGGCAACGCCUCCGCCAGGACGGGCCCGGACCCGGGCCAUCGCCGGCCAACCACGCGGACAGCAUCGUACACCAGCUCUGAUCUUAACACACGCACGGACGGACACACACACACACACACACACACACACACACACACACACACACGCUCACUCCCGUGUGCACACACACACACACACACACAUAACUCACUCCCGCUUACGCGCACACACACACGCACGCACGCACGCACACACACACACACAGAUGAGUGCCCUUCCACCACCCCUCAGACCUUCUCUAAGUAUCGGUGUGUGUGUGUGUGUGUGUGUGUGUGUGUGUGUGUGUGUGUGUGUGUGUGUGUGUUUAUUUUUGGAGGGAAAUGGUUGGACAGAUGGGGUCAGGGCACUCACUCAUUCACUUCAGAGGUCCUUCCCCCUGAGCCCUGUCUUCUUAAGGACCGCCCUGCUGCAACUCUGCCUUCUUCUGAUUGGACAGAUGCUCUGGACAGGAAGGGCCUGUGCCCGCCGCAAGGACUUUGUACAAAGUGUGUGCACUGGAUGCUCACACACUUCGGAAUAGGGUGAAGCGCGCGCGCGUGUGUGUCUGUGUGUGUGUAUGUCUGUGUGUAUGUGUGUACGUUGUGUGUGUGU